CAGCAGCUGCGGGAGCUGCAGGCUCAGCAGUGGGGGAGCGCGGCAGGAGCUGCGGGCUGAGCUGCCUUCCCGGGAGCCGGGCCGGCCGACAUGACGGAUAACAUCCCCCUGCAGCCUGUCAGGCAGAAGAAGCGAAUGGAUAACAAGCACCGCGCAGGGUGUUGCGAGUGGCUGAGAUGUUGUGGCAGAAGGGAUCCUCGGCCUCGGACUGUCUGGUUGGGUCACCCCGAAAAGCGAGAGCAGAGAUACCCUCGCAAUGUGAUCAACAAUCAGAAAUACAACUUCUUCACCAUUCUCCCUGGGGUGUUGUUUAACCAGUUCAAGUACUUUUUCAAUCUUUACUUCUUACUUCUGGCCUGCUCUCAAUUUGUUCCUGAGAUGAGACUUGGAGCCCUUUAUACGUAUUGGGUUCCUCUGGGUUUUGUACUCGCAGUGACCAUAAUUCGAGAGGCAGUGGAAGAGAUCCGGUGUUACGUGCGGGAUAAGGAAGUGAACUCCCAGAUCUACAGCAAACUCACAGCAAGAGGCACUGUGAAAGUGAAGAGCUCUAGUAUACAAGUAGGAGAUCUUAUCAUUGUUGAAAAGAACCAGCGAGUCCCUGCUGACAUGAUCUUCCUGAGGACAUCAGAAAAAAACGGGUCUUGUUUCUUGCGUACCGAUCAGUUGGAUGGUGAGACAGAUUGGAAAUUGCGACUUCCCGUGGCUUGCACACAAAGAUUACCCACUGCUGCUGAUCUUCUUCAAAUCCGAUCCUACGUCUAUGCAGAAGAACCAAAUAUUGACAUUCAUAAUUUUGUGGGAACUUUUACCAGAGAGGACAGUGACCCUCCCGUCAGUGAGAGCUUGAGCAUAGAGAAUACUCUAUGGGCCAGCACCGUGAUCGCUUCAGGUACGGUGGUCGGUGUUGUUCUUUACACAGGCCGGGAGCUACGGAGUGUGAUGAACACCUCAAAUCCACGAAGUAAGAUCGGGCUGUUUGACCUGGAAGUGAACUGUCUCACGAAGAUUCUCUUUGGAGCUCUGGUGGUGGUCUCGCUCGUCAUGGUGGCCCUUCAGCACUUCGCUGGUCGUUGGUAUCUUCAGAUCAUUAGAUUCCUCCUCUUGUUUUCCAACAUCAUUCCUAUCAGUUUGCGGGUCAACCUGGACAUGGGGAAAAUUGUUUACAGCUGGGUAAUCCGUAGGGAUUCCAAAAUACCCGGAACAGUGGUUCGCUCCAGCACGAUUCCAGAGCAGCUUGGAAGGAUAUCUUACCUACUUACCGACAAAACAGGAACUCUUACUCAGAAUGAGAUGGUUUUCAAACGGCUUCAUCUUGGAACAGUAGCUUAUGGAUUGGAUUCAAUGGAUGAAGUUCAGAGUCAUAUAUUUAGUAUAUACACUCAGCAAUCACAAGAUCCUCCUGCGAUAAAAGGUCCUACCCUCACCACCAAAGUGCGCAAAACCAUGAGUAGCCGAGUUCACGAAGCUGUGAAAGCCAUCGCUCUCUGCCAUAAUGUUACGCCGGUUUAUGAAUCUAAUGGAGUGACGGACCAAGCAGAAGCUGAGAAGCAUUAUGAAGACACAUGUAGGGUCUACCAGGCAUCCAGCCCCGAUGAGGUGGCCCUGGUACAGUGGACGGAGAGUGUAGGCUUAACCCUGGUGGGCAGAGAUCAAUCUUCUAUGCAGCUGAGGACGCCCGGUGGCCAAAUCCUAAACUUCACCAUUUUGCAAAUCUUCCCGUUCACCUAUGAAAGCAAACGGAUGGGGAUCAUUGUCAGAGAUGAAUCAACAGGAGAAAUCACUUUUUACAUGAAGGGAGCUGACGUGGUUAUGGCUGGCAUUGUGCAGUAUAAUGACUGGCUGGAGGAAGAGUGCGGCAAUAUGGCCAGGGAAGGCUUGAGGGUUCUUGUGGUGGCUAAGAAGUCUUUGACCGAGGAACAGUAUCAAGACUUUGAGGCACGCUACGUCCAAGCAAAGCUCAGUGUGCAUGACCGCUCCCUGAAAGUAGCAACUGUGAUCGAGAGUCUUGAAAUGGAGAUGGAACUGCUGUGUCUAACUGGAGUGGAAGACCAGCUACAGAUGGACGUGAGGCCAACGCUGGAGACUCUGAGAAAUGCUGGCAUUAAGGUUUGGAUGCUCACAGGGGACAAACUGGAGACAGCCACAUGUACUGCAAAGAAUGCUCACCUAGUAACCCGAAACCAGGACAUUCAUAUUUUUAGACUGGUGACUAACAGAGGAGAAGCUCAUUUGGAGCUGAAUGCAUUCCGCAGGAAACAUGACUGUGCCCUGGUCAUCUCCGGAGACUCCCUGGAGGUGUGUCUGAAAUACUAUGAAUACGAGUUCAUGGAAUUGGCCUGCCAGUGUCCCGCUGUGGUGUGCUGCCGCUGUGCCCCAACUCAGAAGGCCCAGAUUGUGCGCCUGCUUCAGGAACGGACGGGAAAGCUGACCUGUGCUGUAGGUGAUGGGGGAAAUGACGUCAGUAUGAUUCAGGAAUCUGACUGUGGUGUGGGGGUCGAAGGAAAGGAAGGAAAACAAGCAUCUCUUGCUGCGGAUUUCUCUGUCACUCAAUUUAAGCAUCUGGGACGGUUACUGAUGGUUCACGGAAGGAACAGCUACAAGAGAUCAGCAGCGCUCAGUCAGUUUGUGAUCCACAGAAGCCUGUGUAUCAGCACCAUGCAGGCUGUCUUCUCUUCAGUGUUUUACUUUGCCUCAGUUCCUCUUUAUCAAGGAUUCCUCAUUAUUGGGUACUCGACCAUUUAUACCAUGUUUCCGGUGUUCUCUCUUGUCCUGGACAAAGAUGUUAAAUCUGAAGUUGCCAUGCUAUAUCCAGAGCUCUACAAAGACCUCCUUAAGGGACGGCCAUUGUCAUACAAGACAUUUUUAAUAUGGGUUUUGAUAAGCAUUUAUCAAGGAAGCAUCAUCAUGUAUGGAGCACUGCUGCUAUUUGAAUCUGAGUUUGUCCACAUAGUGGCCAUUUCCUUCACAUCCUUAAUUCUGACGGAAUUGCUGAUGGUGGCUUUAACAAUUCAGACAUGGCACUGGCUCAUGAUCGUGGCAGAAUUGCUCAGUCUUUCCUGCUAUAUAGCUUCUUUGGUCUUCUUGCAUGAGUUUAUCGAUGUGUACUUCAUUGCCACCUUAUCGUUCUUGUGGAAAGUCACAGUCAUAACUCUGGUCAGUUGUCUUCCCCUCUACGUUCUGAAAUACCUGAGAAGACGAUUCUCUCCUCCCAGUUACUCGAAGCUCACGUCAUAGGCUGCUAAUCCGGGGCGGGGGUGGGCGGGUGGGAUUGGUGAACAGGAACUUUGCACACUUCUGAUGGACAAACAUAAUGUAUCCCUUGUUACUAACACUUAGGAUAGUUGCACAUGAAUAUGCAGUAAUCGGUAGCCUAUGCUGCUUGAAUGAGAAGACUUACAGAUGUAGUGAAAUGAAGCUAAACUGACUCAGUGUCAGAGGGAGAAGUCCACUCAUGCACCGGACCGGAUCAGUUUCGCCACCAUUUGUCGUUCAAUUGAAUGGAUGACGAUUUAACCAGAGCUCUAAGUGUUCACCUGGAAAGCUGCUCUUCGACUUUGAAUUUUUAUCAUGUGGCAGAAUAUUUUUAGUUUGGAUGAAGAUUGCAGGGUGUGUUUGUUUUUGUGGGUUUUUUUGAACCAUUCUGUGCUGUGAAAUGGCUUUGUAUUAUUUAUAUUUUUAUUAUUUCUCUCAAGGUUCAGCAGCAGAUGCUGGGUGCUUGGAAACUCCUGUUUGGGCAUAAAAAUGCUACAGAUGAUUUUGUUGACUGCUUUCUGGUAUUACCCCUCCAUUCGAGAAGGCUCCACUAUUAAUUGAUACCUGCACACAACUGGGACUCCUUUGUUAAGAUUAGUUUUUCCCUUCUGGCAUCCCUAGCGAAAGACUAAAAGAUUGAAAAUCCAGACCACUCUAUCGUGUUCUGGCCCAACUUUGAGAGCAGUCACGACAGCGUCUCCUGAGAGACAGUAUACCAUAUUUUCAGUUUAUUUUUUUUUAAAGGUGAAGCGUUUCUGCUAGAAAGAGCCAAUAAUGCAGAAACAACAGAAGGUCUGCUGGCAUUCUCAGCAGAGUCCCUGAAUUUAAGCAAAGCUCCUUAGCAGGAAAUUUGCAGCUGAACUGUCCUUAAAUGUGUCGACAGAGUGAUAAGAGACUGAACUAAUUCUUUAGACAAUGUGGCAGACAUGACUCAAAUCCUCUGAGGCUGAGAGGAAAGGUCAGAGAGCUGCUGCUCUUCAGUUACAUAAAAAUCUGUUUCCUGUUAGGAGGAAUUAAUGAAGAAGAACUGAAAAUAAGCCGAAGCAUCUUACACUGUUGCCAUUCAUCAGAGGCUUUUAGAGCGGGAAAACCAGUGCGGAGAUGUGCAGGGCUUCCAGCAUUAAAAAUUGGAAUUUGCUUCAUCGAGCAAAAGUUUUGAAGGAAGCCUGCUGAAAGGCAGUCUGUGAUAAAUGACAUGAUGCUUCUCCUGUGGUAGAAAUCCCCAGAAUGUGUUUUAAAUGAAAGUGGGGGGGAGAGUUUGCAAGACUUAUUUCAGUGGAGGCUACAAGGAGUUGGAAAGGGUUGUAGGUAAAACAAAAAAUGCAUGUCGGGGUGGGGGUGGGGGGCUUUUUCCCUCUAUUAGCUGCAAAGUACCAGAAAGGAGGAAGUUGGUGGGAUUUUAAAAUAAGUCUUAGUAGUUACCUUUCUAGCCCUUUACCCCUGGCCCCAGAGGGGAUUCUCCCAAAUUUGGGCUGAAAGAAUUGGGGAGCAUUGGGUUUAACUUGGCUGUAAUAACGAUGGUAUUUGUUAAGCGCUUACUAUGUGCCAAGCACUGUUCUAAGCGCUGGGCUAUAUUGGAGGGACUUGUGUUCAGUGUUUUCAGUGCAGCCCAUCUACACCUUUUAAAGGGACUUAUUGCCUACACAGAAAUUCUAUAACCUAACAGCGAGGAUAGGUUGACCAUUAAAAGUUGUGUGGCUCUGUCAUAAAUUGGUGCAAUAGGGGUUUUCAGAUUAGAAAAUAGACCCAGCCCUUUCCAUCUCCUCUGUUCAUUUCUUCACCCAGAAAUGGAUCAAACUAAAAUCAGGAGGCGGUGGAGUAGAUGUCAGAAUGAAACAGUGCAAUCCCUAGGUAGGCAAGAGUGUACCUUUUUCUCUCCAAACUCUUCAAAAGCUGGAAGAGCUCCUAGUGGGUGCUCUUCAUCUGCGACCUCAAAGGGAAGUGGGCGGAAGAGGCCAGUUCAAGUCUAUCCGUAAUAUCGGGAAUCUUAUCGGAGCCUCUCAUUCUGCUUGCAAAUACUGACGGGGAUGGUGCUAAAGAAAUAUGGUGAUUUAUUCAAAUACUGUAGCAAUAGCCCCAUCAGAUUUGGUUUGGCAUCUCCUCUUCAACUGAAAUUAGACAGUUGAAAUUUGGCGAUUUGGAUUAUUAUUAUUUUUUGAGAUCUCCGUCUACGUUAAGAAGCAAUCUGAGCUUGUUUUAAUUACAGAAAUGUCUUCAGCUUAUUUCGAUUAUUCCCAGAGAGAAAAAGUAUCUAGGGCUCCAUUUAGUAGUAAGGCCCCUCUUUUGUGAACAUGAUAUGACCACAGCACAUGUGUGGGAUAUAGAUGAUUGGUAUGAAAAAGCCUGCUAUUUUUGGAUUUCCCAUUUCCCUGUGAAUUUUUUCCAUAAGCUUCAUUCAAAACAGCCUUUGGUAAUAGUGGGUAUCCAGAUUUUUAAAUGGUUUCUAUCUUCAGGGAAGAAGGGCUUUAAUGGAGGCAGAAGAGAGAUAAUCUGGAAGUGCAAGUUGUGGAAAUGACAUCUGUUUAAGGACUCUUCAUUCUAAUAUGAUUUCAUGGAGACUCAGUAAUGAAAACCAUGAAGAUUUCAAAGGGGAAACCAGUUGGGAUAAAUAAUUCAAGUUUCUUGUCUUGUUGAAGGAACAUGAUAUUAGUACUUGUGCUCUUAACACUGCUAUCUCUACUAGCUUUAUAUCAGUAAUCGAAUGUUCUUCAAUAAUACAAGUGCCAAGUCUACUAUGUUAUCAAAAAUAAAUAGGGUUGAGGUUACCACUUUCUGGGGUUACUGAGUUUGGCAAACUGCAGUCCAAAAUAACAGAUAUCAAGCAUUAAAAUUCCAAACUGGAUUAUAUUUUUUUCUUGUUUUAAAGGGAUAUUGUCAGGUCGAAAGGAUCACUUCAUUUAGAUCGUAGUUCGUUUGUGAUGGCAAACAGUUUGGAUGAAUAAACCUUGAGAAUUAAGCCUCAUUUUAUUUCUCAAGUUAUACCAUUUCUCUCUCUUCCUCUAAGCUAAUCGAUCAGAGCUGUAAAAGACCCAAAGAGAUCAUCUAAUCCACCUCCAUGCUUAGGACAUGACAGUACUACCGUCAGCGGGUAAAAUAAAUAGAUCAGAUUUCCCGUUGGCUGUUCAAAUGCAGCCUGGAGGGCCAUAUCAAUAUAGUUAAAGACCGCUGAACGAAGUUUUCCUUGCCUUUUUAAACAUAAUAAUGAUAGAACUCCUCUUUGGUAUCUUCGUUUGCACGCUUUAUUUUUAUUUUUAACUUUUGAACUUAAAGCAGGGUACCGAGCUACCUGAGCAGAUGCCUUUAGUGAGUCAUAGUUAGUUUGGAUGUUAAAGUUUAGGGUGCAUGUGUGUAUAUGUGGCGUGGAAAAGCUCUUAACACCCCCAUCCCUACGAGCUGUAUGUGUGUGAGCAUUUGUGCGUGGGUGGCGUUAGAGUAAUCUGUGGUUUAGCUCUUAACUCUGGCUUCUUGCCAUGGAGAGAGAACUUGGCUGUAAAGCCAGAGAGCGGUUCUCAGGAGCAGAGUAGGCUUGAGUUUCAGUGCGUGGGCCAGGGUGACAUUGCACCAUUAUGUCAUGACGUCAUGUGUGCUCCAGCGGGGUGGGCGUCUUUGUCCCCAGAGGUUACUUCAGUCUAGAGGAUCCUGUGGGGAGCCAGGAUGGGCCUGGGAAAGGGGGAGCGGCCGGGGCGGAAAUCCCACCUCAGGCCGGAGUGGGCGGUGGAGAUGGAGGUGACGCGGAACCUCCCUUAGCCCCAAGACGGCACUGCUUCCGGCAGAAACCCCUGGCUGGGCUGGACCAGUUCCAGUGGUACGGAGGAUCCAGAGAAGGCCUAGCUCCACACUCGUCCCCAGUGAUGACUCCUUUCUGGCCCAGGGGUCCCUCUGCGAAGCAGUACAGUGCGUGGCACCUAGUAAGCGCGGAACACUACCAGGAGCUGGGAAAGCCUACACCAAGUCGUUUGCUCAAUGCUCCUCUUUAACCCCCCCAGCUCCAGGACACCGUCACCUUCUCUUCUGGCCAGAAGAAGAUAGCCAGGAGGCAGUAGGGUUCCUCUAGCCCUCCUUCUGCUGGUUUUUUUACUAUCCAAAUCCAGCUGUCGCGACAGCACUGGGCAGGUUGUGCAAUUACUGUCUCUUUUUCGAGUUUAGCACUUUAUGUAUUGUGUCUGAGUGGGUUUCCUCGAGUAGUAAUAAUUUUUGUAACAGUGAUGUUAAAUACUGAUGUUUGUUUACCGAAAAUUUCAACGGGGAUGAUUCUGCCCUGGAAAUUUGCGUUCCUCCGGGGACUUUUCAAUAUAUUUUGAAUUUGGUGUUCGCUGGGAGUUGAAAUCGUAAUAUCUGUUUCUUCAGAUGGGAUUUUGUUUUUAUACUUAGAUAUUAUUUAUUGGGGGGGGGGUUCAUCGCAUUCAGACAUGUGAUUUGGGGGAAACAGUUUCGAACCUUUGCCAAACGAGCUUAACGGAGCCUUAGGGGGGAGUAUUUGUGUCUCAUUCUUGUUCUUCAUUCUAAUUUCAGAAAUAAAAAAGAAACACGUAGGAGUUACUUUCAGAAGUUUUUCCCUUCCGGCGCCUGAGUAUUUUGUUAAGACUUGGGUUUCUGACUUUGUAUACUUGCGUAUCUUUGAUUUCGGUAUGCAAUGGUUCAUUCUGAUGGCAUCGACAUUUUACACCCACGAGUUAAUAUCACCAUUUACAAAAGGCUCAAGCAACUUUGUAAAUUCAGCAGAUUGCAUUUUUCCACACUUCCUUCCAAUCUUUAUUAACGUAAUACCCUUCUUAAAGUGCAGUCUCCCAGUUUGUCCUCCAUUUUUACCGAAACACAUGGUAGGUUUUGAGCGGAGCCCAAGUUACCUGGCUCUGGCACCUGUGGCCCGUUGACACUUAUCAUGCCGAAGUACCAUUUUUUCUGCAACAGUGUCCUCAGCAACUUUAGCACCCUUUGGAGACAGUCUUUAAAUACUAUGGGGCAAAGUAUAUUUGUAUUUUCUCGAUUACAACGGAGACAAAUUUAUGUUCCAUUCAGUGGGGUAGGUUUAAAAUUCAUGCGGAAUCACAUUCCUUCCCCAUGUAUCCCAUACCUAAUCCUGAUUUCAAAUUAUUCGAUAGAUUUUUUUUUGAUAGGAGUGAAACUGGUACAAUAUUUAGUACGAAAUCCCAAGUGAAUUGAACUACAACUCUAAGAAGAGACACGUGAUCUGUAGUGUUUCAAAAGUUCUCUCAUUGUCUGCCGGUAUGGAUCAUUGUUGUUGCCUAAUAAAUCUAGUGUACUUUUAAGCCUUUAAAGAUCAUUCUUAUUUGUAUGAAAACAUGAAUUCUGGUGUCAAAAUGAUGAAUAUUUAUUGUGAUGCUGAUGUUUUGUACCUUUCAUCUAGUUCAUAAAAUGUAAAUAUAUUUUACUCAAGUUAAAAGUCUUAAUUCAGCUUAAAACAAAAGCAAGUUAUUUAUUGUUCCGUGGAGUUAUAUGUUCCAAAUGAGAAUUUGAAAGGGAUUGAUGUUUAAAAAAAAGUGAAAAAUAAAUUUUAUGCAACUUCAUGCUUUUAUUUAUA